CGUAAGCUGAACGGUAUCCGUGAACGAAAACGCAAGCAAUUUCGACACGCACGAUCUAUUUCGCGUCGCUCUAACAUCGACUUGACCUACUGGCCCAGAUGUAGCUCAUAGAAAACUUCCAUCUGACCUUGAAGCGAUAUCAGUGUCCACCCUUUCUUGAGAUCGCUUCGUAAGAGGCCGGACUGACGCUACUCCGUGGUAUGGCCGCUGCCUGCGAAGCAAACCGUCGCGAAGCUAAUCGAGUCGCGCGAGUUCGACGCGAAUUAUACGCAAUAAAACGUUCUAUACCGUUGCAACAGUUGUUAAUGCUCGGCUAGUGAUUUAGCGAGGUUGAUCGCGCGCGUCAACCGAUUUCACCGGGCAGAAUGCAGAACACCGCCGCCGUAGGGGGUACACCUGAACGGCUAAUGUUGAGUUAAGCACCCUAACCUGCCUCAAAAGACAUUACACGACGUAACAGAUAAUAAAUCUACCGCGUUUCGCUGCAUCGUGAUACAGCUCGAAGAAAAUGAGAGUGUCGAGAAGGAAGAUGGACGAGAGGCUUCUCUUUCGAACGAUUACGAACGGUCUUGGGACUCGCAGGAUCUUCCAUUGCGGCGAAGACUGUGCCAGCCCAAAGAGCGGGAGAAACGAAGUUGGCCGUUGAAUAGGAAACGAUCAAUCGAAAACAUCUAUGCGAGGCUUGAUGCGUGACGUAAUACGCGCAUGUCGCGAAAGAAAGCAGGGAAAGUAUUCAAAUGAAGCGCAAACAGUGAGGGAGAGAAGCGGCAGGCACGAUCGUUCGUGAAAAAAAAAAUGAUCGACUCAUCGAUCGGAUCGUUUCAUGCUUCGUAAUUAUUGAUAAUCGAUACGUAUUCGUCGUAUAAGAAACUUUGGAAUCGUGUAUUUUCUUAUUCGUACGAUGAAGCAUAUUUGUUAGAAGACGGUGAAAAGUCGAGGGGAGAGCGAGAAGUACUAAAAGAAAGAGAAAGAGAGACAGAGAGAGGCAGUGAUAACGAAGAAAAAAUACAAGGAGAGCGAGUGCAACGAAGAUGGCGAUAGCUGAGCGAACAGACACGAACAAGUUGGUUGGAGCGACAAGGAAAAAGUGGGGGCUCCGCGAGACAGGGACAGCAAAUCAGAGUAGGCGAACGUAGGAGAGAGACGAUUGGCUAAGCGCGAGCAGGAAGAGACGGCACGAGCGAGAGCAAGGGACUUCGGGAGUACUCGGCCGCUCAGUCGAACGCGCGAUUACAAGCAAACGGGACGCGUGGGCUCUGUCGACCGCCAGGCUGAAAGUGUUUCAUACGCGACCACGUGCCGGCUAAACCGCCGGAACGUAACAGAACGAUCGACGGUUCGAAUUGUUCACCGAGUGACACCGAAAACGGACACGACGACCCGGUUGCGAUUGUACUUUUUCGUAAUUAUUGUUGCUACGUUGUCGCGGCAUCGAAUCGAAUCGAAUCGAAACGAACCCUCGGUGCAUCGUGGAGAGUACGGUUAACCGGAGAGAAAUUGCUACAAGGACGGUGCGCGUUGCAGUGUGUGGGUGGUUUGUCAGUUGGUGACUUAAAGUGAAUUGAAUACCGAGCCGACAGAUCAACCGAUAAUUUUGCUGACAACCGUGAAGCAGGAGGGUUUGCGAGUCUGCUGGAUCCAGAUGUCACGGGCGCGUCCUCGAUCGGGGUAUCAGUGUACCGCGUAGCUUCGGAGUGGAAGAUCCGAGGAGCGGAAAAAGAAACAGGCGAAAAGUGGGGACGUAUCGGCGGUGGUUUUGGAUGUUAGAAAGCGCGGGGGUGGCUAAAGAGGCCCCGCCGCAGGGUACGGGUCCCGAUGCCGGUCCCCGUAUCGCAAACCCUCACGCUGACCUCCACACUGGUGCCCAAGGAGGAGUCAAACAUGCCCUUCAUAGACGACGAGUUACUUUGGUGCCCUGACAAUGACGGCAAAAUGGUCGACUUAACGCAAUGCCUACAGGAGAGCAGUACAGGGCAGUCGGUAGAAUUUUCCCCGAUGGAAUUGAGUGCUCUUGUGGGAACACAAGCCGCGCCAAAUAUGCCGGCUGAGGAGGGUGAAGGGAUGGCCGGUGUCACAGGGGAAGAACCCUUUGACACGCUAGACACAUUCCUUCGUGAAUUGCAAGCUGAUUUGGCCGAAGCUAGUCAGCCUACGUCAACCACAACUUCCGUCACUGCCUCUUGUAGACGGCAAAGGUACAACAUCGCUGCUGCCAACCCUCUAUUAGCAGAAAAGUUGGCGGCUCCUUCGUCGCAAGUAACUCCAACCUCCGUAUCCUAUGCCACGAGGACAGAGAUCAAAACAGAGAACAUCCAGCCUGAAAGCGGUAAAGUGGACACCAGGGAGGUGCAGCCGCACGAUGUCAGCGAAAAGGAGCAACUAGGACUUGCGAGCGUUAAAGUAGAACCAGGAUCGACCGGUACGACGACGACCAGCACGGGCACUCGCCUUUUGCACGGUAUUCUCUCCCAGCACCCCCAGCAACACGGUUUAGGGGUGCAAAACGGAUAUGGCCGUCAUUUAACCGGCCAUGCUCAGAUGGGCCAACCGCCCUACACCACUGCCACGAUCGCCACCACCAGCACACCAGGAAGCGGAUCACUGCCAGCCAGCCCCGCGGACAGCGGAGUCAGCGACGUCGAAUCCAGUACAUCCUCGGGCGGUAACGAGGAUGCGAAUCUCUUAUUGAAAGCCAGGCUUAACCCUAACUCCUCCCUCCAACCGAGCUUGGCGUCCCAUCAUUCUCAUCUGUCGUCGGCAGCACUCGGCAGGUCAGCCUGUCACAGUCCCGGUGUUUAUCCAUCGACGGCAGGUUUUUUACCGCCCUCCUACCACCCUCAUCAGCAUCACCCAUCCCAGUACCAUCCGCACAGAGGGAGUUCACCUCACCAUCAACACGGGAACCACAGCAUGGGACCGACAAUGGGACCGCCACACCAUCAUCAUCCCCACCAAACGCAGAGUCUACAACACUUGCAUUAUCGUCAGCCUCCUACAUUGUCCGAAAGCUAUAGCAGUUACGUGAAUUCGAUGUACGCGAGCGGUGGUCAGUUCGCAACACCGUGCACGCCAAGCCCGCCGAGGGGACCAGGCGGUGUUCCAACGAGCGUGAUCCAAGCGGCUACCAGCUCGGUUUCCGACGACCUGUACCUCCUAGAGUUAGGCUUCCCUCCACGAUCGAAAAAGAACAAGCUGAAGAAACCGCGUCAAGGCGACGGUGCGGCGGUGAAGAGGAAAUCCCGCGAGGGUUCGACCACGUACCUAUGGGAGUUUCUGUUGAAGCUGCUUCAGGAUCGGGAAUACUGUCCCCGAUACAUCAAGUGGACGAAUCGCGAACGUGGUGUCUUUAAACUGGUCGACAGCAAGGCGGUGUCUCGUCUGUGGGGUUUGCACAAGAACAAACCGGAUAUGAACUAUGAAACGAUGGGCCGUGCCCUGCGUUAUUAUUACCAGCGUGGUAUCCUCGCGAAGGUCGAUGGACAGAGGCUGGUCUAUCAGUUUGUCGACGUGCCGAAAGAUAUUAUAGAAAUCGACUGUACCGGCGCGUGAGACAGGGCUCGAGCUACGAGGGAGGAACACGAUAGAAGACGAGCCGUAUGGCAAAUGAAUGAUUUGCGUGUUCGCGUUGCAAUCGUACGGAGCAACUCUUCCUGCCACAAUGUGCCGAUCUGGCACACCCCUCGGACGAUCUAAAGCAUUAUGCCCUCUCUCUGACUUCGUUCGUUCCUUCUUCUGUCACGCUGGUCCCUCGUUUUACGCCAAGUCUCGAUUACGACCGGUGUCCCUUCGCGCGGUUGACAAUCGCUAACACCCCUUGUAGAUACGAUCACCCGGCUUACAUCCGUACGCGUUCAGGAAUAACAGUGCCAAUACCGAUAUCGUUCAUGUUCGUUCGAAAUUUUUAGCUAAAUUCAGGCACGAGAGUACCGCGUAAGCGGAGACCUGUGUAUUAAAGGAGUACCGUGGAAAGCGAGGGAUCAAUAUACAUAUAUACCUAUAAGGGUAUGUAUAUUAAUGAACAUAUAAAGAAACGAAAUGCACGAACGCUGCCGCGAGAGGAUGAAUGUUUUUGUUUUGUCAAUGCGACAGCUACCAAUAAUUCGUUCACCGUAAUUUCGUCCUUCUUUGGUCUUUCUUUUUUUGUUACUUUUUUGACGGUGUACGUCCGAUAGUAAUCGUACUAAGCUUUACAACGUUCAAUAUAUAUAUAUAUAUAUGUGUAUAAAGAAGGAGUAUAAUUAAAUAAAUAUAUGUAUAUAUAUAUAUGCGUUGAGCUCGUUCAAAUUUGUACAAAAUUUAGUUGAUAAAGAUAAAUGAUGCUACGGCACAAGUGUUACUAAAUGUAUUUUAAUCGAGAGGAAAGGGAAAAAAAGAUGAAUCUAGUAUGGACAAAUUACUUAACCUAUAGUCGGAUUAUAGGCGAACAAUUGUACAUUGAAGAGCGCGAUAAAUUAUUUAUUGUAUAUUAGAUGAUUAUAUAUGUUACCUAGAACAAAAAAAGAAAUUGUUAUAUAUGUGUCGACGAAGAGAAAUGCGGACAAGAAAAGAGAAUGUGUAGGUAGUAUACACAUUUUACACGCACGUAAACGUGGAAAGUUUAGGAAAACAAAAAGAAAAACGAAACGAAAUGAGGGCUGUGAAAAGAUUCAGAAAGGAGGAAAUAUGAUAGAGCGGAUACGAUGAAGAUGUUUUAAAAAGAAAAUAGAAAAAAAAAAAAGAUGUUUUACGGAGCGAGCUCAGGGAGAGGUACAACAUUAUUAUACAGACAAAACAUAAACUCGUUACGCGUACAUGCAACACAUCUGCACAGACACAACCAAUCACACGAUACACAUUAUAUUUUUUUAAAUGUAAGCGAGAGAAAGGGCGACUCUUCUUUUUGAGCUGAGGGUUCAACAACGUAAGGUGCUGGCUAUACACAAGAGGUCCAAGAAUGUUAUUUAGCAAGCUAGUGUUACUAAUUCAUUAAAAGAAAAAAAAAAAAGAUUAUUGAGAAACAGACAUUAUAUCUCUGUAUAUAUAAAAAUACACCUUUAGUAUAUAUAUAUAUAUAUAUUAUUGAAUAUUAUAUAUAUAUUAUAUGAAUAUAUAUUGUAUGUUAUGUAGUAAAUGGAGCGAGUUAAAUGUGUCUCUAUGAGAUUUUUCCGUCACGUCGGCGUAUUAAGGAAGUUAUGCAACCGUCUUCGUACGAUGUCUCUGUUCGAGUAUUUCAUUUUGUAAAAACUAAACGCGAGUUUCCGUUUUUUUUUAUUCUAGUUAUAUACGCGACGGGGAUGAAGGAAGGAGAGGGUGUACGUUCGAUCGUUAAAAGUUCGAACGAUUUAUCUCUUGGAUCACGCGUCCCAAAACACAAAACGCACACUAUAGCGUGAUCUUUCGUGCUCAUCCGAAUCAGGGACAUCGUACUUUUUAAACGUUUAGGAUAUUUUAGCCUUCCUGGCGCACGGGGCCGUUCGAACACGAUAAGUUAGAGUGAAAUUUAAUUUAUUCAACUGCCCCGGAACCUCUCAGACUACCCCUUUCCCCAAAGGACGUGACGUGCGAGUGCAAGCGUAUCCUAUAUAGUAAUAAGUUUUGUACAUAGAGAUUCGUUGAAAGCAUACUUAGGAAGAACAUAUUACGCAGGUUAUCGUUGGGAAUGAGAAAAGAGAAAGAAAGAAUAAGAAGGGCCAGUGAUACCUUUGAGGUUCAUGGAGCUAUUUCGGUUAGAUACAUACGUGGUUCUUCUUGACGAUCACCUUCAAACAUUUUCAUGAUGAAAGAAAAUACAGUAAAUAAUAGAUAAAAAAACGAUCAAGUGCUGCCAAUAAUGCCUGUAAACGGUCCCUUGCAUUUGUUUCUGCCGCUGAAAGAAAGAAAAAUAAUACAAGCAACGUAUAAAGAGUAUAAAAGAAAUGUCUUAUUGUAAAACGUAUAAAGAAAUGUCUUGGGACGCCAGACAUACCGAUGAUACAAAGCGAAUUGCCUUCUCUCGUAGUUAACAAAGACGUGUUGCCUUCUAACAAAGAAAACAUAUAAGAAGUUCUAGCAAUUUGUAUUGUAAUACCAUCGAUUUUGUCCAGGUACUUAAACAAACAAAAAAAAAAAAGAGAGACCUUUAAUAACCCUGUAUCUCCCUCACCCUACUACUACUCCACCAACCGUCCCUCCGCCCCUUUUAUCAACAUAGAAUUUUGUAACUUUUGUCAAGAGAAACAUAUAUAUAUACAUAUAUAUAUAUAUAUACAUAUACAUAUAAUGAGAAAAGAGUAAAAAAAGUUGAGAAACAUUUUUGGUACACGAAGACUUUUUUCAUAUCGCACUUUACAUACACGUAUCGGGUAAAGAAAAAUAAAUUACGUUUAGAAAAAUAUUAAUAAGCGAAAGGACGAAAAGUAAUACAUCAGAGUACAAUGGACAAAAAAAAAGCAAGUACCUAUAUAAAAUAGUACCACUUCUAUACGUAAUAAACCACUUAUAAACAAUGAAUGGACACUGCAACAAUAAAUCCUAUUUUUAGGUGAAUUAAAUUUACAUAUACAUAACAAUUGACUACGCUACAAGAUAUUUUAACAGAUAAGACUUUACUGUAAUAGAGAUAAAUCUAUAAUUAUUUACCUGUAAAAUAAUACGAAGACACGAUGGAUUGACGUAAGGAACUCUAAUGUAACGUUCUGUGAUUCGUUGUUUGUAGGUGAAAUUUAAUAAAAGAUUACUGUAUCAUAAA